ACAUUGUUCUUCAGUAAAAUAUUUACAUCUUUUUACUACAAUAUUUUAGCAAAGUAUUUAUGAUGGAGAGGCUUAACGAUGACUGCGUGUGCAACAUAUUAGAGUUCCUGCCCCUAGUGGAGCAGAUAAAGAUGGCACGACUGGCACCGCGAUUCCAGGAGCUCCUCUGCCUGAUUGUGUGGCGCAAGCCGCGCUACCGGAAGGUUUCCGUAUCCGAUUCCAUGCUGGAGCCGCUCUGCAAGGAGGACUAUGUAUACUUCUUCGAGCUUACAAGCCCGGCGAUGGAGGAGCUGUACAUAUGGAACGUGCACAAGAAGGCCUUCGACUCGUACUUGGGUCGCCACCUGAUGAGACCUGAACUGGCGUUCUACCUGCGCAGGGACUACAGCAAUCUCCGCGAGCUCUGCAUCGCGGACGAGAGCAUGAACAACAGCAUGAUCAACACGAUCGCCAAAAGCUGUCGCCGGCUGCGCAGCCUGAGCGUUUCCAGCGCCUACGUCACGGGGAAGCAUAUCGCUGGUCUGGCGAACCUGGAAUCCCUGGUGGCGCCCGAGUGCUCCGUGGAACGCGUAUACCUGGCUGAGCUGCUGGAACAGCUGCCUCUGAAGCACUUGGACCUCACCUCGAACCGACAUCCGGUGGAGGCGACUAUUCUGCAGGCCGAGGGCAGCAAACGACUGCAGCGCCUCGGCCUGUCGGAUGCCCAGGACUAUGGGUUCCCCCUGGCCGACAGCCUGCCUCAACUGACCCAGCUUGUGGUCAGCUACCACAAAAUCAGCCCCCAGAAUCAGCUGGCCAUGCUGGACACGACGCGAAAGCGUGUGGCGGAAUCCGUGGGUAAGUUUCCCAAGCGCCUGCAAUCUAUAUUGUGCAACGUGGUGGAUGUGGAGGUGGCCCUCGAGCAGAUUGCAGGCCUUGAGAAGCGCCACCCAAGGGACACACCAAAGUUCAACGAGCUGCUAAAGAUCAUGUACUUCUUGUCGAAUCCGCAGGGCGGAGAUAAGAAAUCACCUUGAGAUUGCAGGGGAUCUUCGUCAAAUCUUGACCCCCAUGUUUGCCCCUGUAUAUAAUUAAAUAGGUACUAGACGUCAUCCAAGUGACAAAUGGAACUGAUAUGUUUAUCUGUUACCAGCUGCUCCUUGGGGUAAUUAUGUGUCUUCGCAGAUAAGGCUUGUUAUUUUUGUUUACCAAUAAGUUUUCGGCGCCACGUUCAAACAAUCAGAUCAGUUUUUGAAAGCUACACCAAAUAAUUGUUUACUUUACUCUUGCAAAGAGUAUUAAACUUUUCCGCAGAUACCAUACCAAGUAUUUCAAAUAUAAAAUAUUAUAGUCGUUUUGUGUUAUUCGUUUUUAAUGUGUCCGUAAUUUUUUUAAGUUUUUCCGGUAGCCCUUAAUAAAACGAUAACGGAAACAUACUUUGGAAAGCCGAAGCUUAGUACCCUUUCGUACCGAAAAUCGACUAGGGAGUUUGGCUAAUAUAGGAUUUUCAAUCUGCGAUCACGAAAUAGCCGGUAUACGUUAUAACAUCAUGUAAGGCAGAAAACAUAGAGAUAUGCAUAAUUUUAUUCGAAUGCAAAAUUUAUCUAAUUUUCCAUAACCGUUCUUGCUGCUUUAUGAUAAAGUAGCCCGAUCGGCAAGAUUUUGUAGCUUAAUGGUUUUUUGUUGAUAGCUUUUACAGUUCGCGAUUAAUCUGUAUAUGACUGUGUUAAAUAAAAUUAUUGUUUGAUAAAAAUAAACAUGUUUUAAAAAAUGUAUCCUAUCUUUCCUUUGUCACUUUUUUACUUCCACAUAUAAAAAGACUGCUCCAAAAGUUCAUAAGUUUUGAAAAACCAGUUCUAAAAUCACAAGUAUAUU